GCUUCUUCGAACACCCAAACAUUUGAAGGAAAACAAAACACAUUUGUCCUCGGCCCUAUCAACAUCGGCUCAGCCCCGUCGAAUUCUAACCUGAGACUCGAGGCAGUUGACAAAUAAUUUCCCAAAGGAACCAACUAAAUUAGCACUCCCCCCUGAUUUUUUCGACCGCCACUUUUUCCGACACUGAACACGCGGAGCUCAAGACGGAGAGACCGAUCGACCGACCAAGACGAAAAUGGACCCCUCAAGGCUGAGCUUCCGAUGCAUCGUCUGUGACACGGAGACCUCGAGUCUCUGUGCCUUGCACAAUCACCAAUCGACACACCACACAUCGGAGGAGCUAUCGCUCUCAAUCCUGACCCUUCAGAGUUUCCUCUACCACAAGCAUUACUUCCAGUCCCUGGACGCCAAGCCACCGUCCGAAGUCUGCUAUUUUUACCCCUUCUGCACCCAAUUAUUCUCCAGCAAAGGGAAGAAUCUGGAGGAGAAUUUCAAGACAUUCUGCCCCAGUCCCCCCAGACAAGCCGAGCAGCUCUCGCUGAAAAGGGCAGACAGCGUUUCAGAAACGAUUCCAGCCCCCCAGAGAGCUCGCACGAAGAGUCCAAGGAAGCAGAUGCCACUGAGGCUGCCCCUGACAGCUGCCACUCGUCCAACAAUCAUCAAGUCCCUGAAUUCACUGGCCAAGCAAAGAGAGAGCUCUCUCACUGAUGCUGUGUCAAGUCCCUCUGACUCUCACACUGCCUUCAUCAGCUCGGCUAAUGGCCUGUGCGACGAUCUCACCAAGUUGAAGGGAAGCGCCGGUCAAUCCAAGAUAAAACGUAAACGACUGAACGAGAGAAAGGAUCGACCACGUCCAGCCAAGAGGGAGAACAAGCAGAAGGUGCAGAAGCCACCGAGAAAACCGAAGAUCGAAAAUGUUGGGAGAAAGGUUCAGACUAUUCUGCCCAAGAUUUCAGCGCCUGGGGACUCAAGGAUUGAGACGUUGAACAUUUGGGCAUCAAAGGGUGAGGAGAGUGUUUCACUCAAUACUGUUAACACUUUGACGGGAGUCACGCUCGCGGAGAGUGUGCAACCGAUUAAAAUUCAGUCGCCAACAGUGCCAGUAGAUAUAAUGAACUGUGAGAAUGCUCUGAUCUUUGACGCCGAGACUGGCAGCUUCCAGUGGAAUCCACUGGUUUUUGUGGAGAAGAAGGGCGAGGAGAAUGGCAAUGCACCGCAGCAAGGUGAUGUACCUGUGUCAGCUCUGCCGAACGGACCGACAGGGGCUCCUGAUAAUUGUUGAGUAACUUUUUGUUGACUAGAUUUUCUACGAGAGUUAAUUGUUCUGUAGUAAGGAUAUUACGAUGCUCAAAGAUAUUUGAUAAGGAGUAUAACGAAAUGUUAUCUGUUUUUUUUCUAAUUUUUUAUUAAUAAGUAUUGAGAGGGGUGGGGGGAUGUAUGAAGAGUCGCGCUGUGAUUCCAUGGGAAGAGAAUGAGCAAGUUGUUAUUUUGAUAAUAAAUCGGAAUUUUUGAUAUUAUUUCGGAGGUUUUCAAAAUAUGAGGGGACGAGUGUCCUACCUUCAUUUUUUAUCGAUACGUAUGAAAAAUAUUGAAGAGAAUUUGGGGUUUUGAUACGAAAUAAGAAUUUUUUGAAUGAUUUUCUCAUUUUUUUAUCAAUAAGAUAACUAAACUGGUUUCGUUUCUCCUCUUAUUUCUAUGUAUUGAGAGAAAAAUUACGAGGAGUGCAGUGUUUGAGAUUGUGAUGCCAGCUAAGCGAUCACAAUCUGAAACUGAAAUCUGAAAAUUAAGAAAAUUGUUAUUUUGAUGGUAAAUGAAAAAUUUCAAAAAUUGUUUCAACAUUUUUCAUUCAUUGAGAUAACUACAGGCAUUUUCUUUCUCAUUUUUCAAAUUAAAAUACGUAUGGGGAUAGUGAAAAUCAAUACUGCAAAGUGCCAUAUUAAAAUUCCAAGUGAGUAACUUGUUAUUUUUAUAAUAAAUGAAGAAAAUUCAAUCAUCUCCUCAUUUUGUAUCCAAUAAAGAUUAUAUUCGUUAAAAAAUAUGUAAAGGAUGCACUGCGAAGCAUGGCUUCAUGUGAUAAGAACCAAGGUUUUUGUUAUUUUGAUAAGUAAGAAAUUUCGCAAUAAUAUUCUAACUUUUCAUCGAAAAGAAUAACUGAGCCACUUUCUUUUCUUCCUCCAUUUCUAAGUAUUAAGAAAUACUACAUAAGACAUGCGCAAAAGUAUCACCAACUGCGAAGCAACUUGUUAUUUUGAUAAUAAAUAAGA